AUGACGACCGGCCUCAGGGAUCAUCCCAGUGGCGGCUCCCAUUCACCCAGUUCCUCUGACGGACAUUUUCCACCAACAGCGCCUCUGGAGUUUGGUUGGAAUUACAAAGUAAAAAGAGUGAAUUUCCACCCCGGAGCUGGAUUAGAGCAGAAAGGAGCUGGAUUAGAGCGGACCGGGGCUGGAUUAGAGCGGACCGGGGCUGGAUUAGAGCGGACCGGAGCUGGAUUAGAGCGGAAAGGAGCUGGAUUAGAGCAGAAAGGAGCUGGAUUAGAGCGGACCGGAGCUGGAUUAGAGCGGAAAGGAGCUGGAUUAGAGCGGACCGGGGCUGGAUUAGAGCGGACCGGGGCUGGAUUAGAGCGGACCGGAGCUGGAUUAGAGCGGACCGGAGCUGGAUUAGAGCGGAAAGGAGCUGGAUUAGAGCAGAAAGGAGCUGGAUUAGAGCGGACCGGAGCUGGAUUAGAGCGGACCGGAGCUGGAUUAGAGCGGAAAGGAGCUGGAUUAGAGCAGAAAGGAGCUGGAUUAGAGCGGACCGGAGCUGGAUUAGAGCGGAAAGGAGCUGGAUUAGAGCAGAAAGGAGCUGGAUUAGAGCGGACCGGAGCUGGAUUAGAGCGGACCGGAGCUGGAUUAGAGCGGAACGGAGCUGGAUUAGAGCGGACCGGAGCUGGAUUAGAGCGGACCGGAGCUGGAUUAGAGCGGAACGGAGCUGGAUUAGAGCGGAACGGAGCUGGAUUAGAGCGGACCGGAGCUGGAUUAGAGCGGACCGGAGCUCGAUUAGAGCGGACCGGAGCUGGAUUAGAGCGGAAAGGAGCUGGAUUAGAGCGGACCGGAGCUGGAUUAGAGCGGAAAGGAGCUGGAUUAGAGCGGACCGGAGCUGGAUUAGAGCGGACCGGAGCUGGAUUAGAGCGGAAAGGAGCUGGAUUAGAGCGGACCGGAGCUGGAUUAGAGCGGACCGGAGCUGGAUUAGAGCGGAAAGGAGCUGGAUUAGAGCGGACCGGAGCUGGAUUAGAGCGGAAAGGAGCUGGAUUAGAGCGGACCGGAGCUGGAUUAGAGCGGACCGGAGCUGGAUUAGAGCGGACCGGAGCUGGAUUAGAGCGGAAAGGAGCUGGAUUAGAGCGGACCGGAGCUGGAUUAGAGCGGAAAGGAGCUGGAUUAGAGCGGACCGGAGCUGGAUUAGAGCGGACCGGAGCUGGAUUAGAGCGGAAAGGAGCUGGAUUAGAGCGGACCGGAGCUGGAUUAGAGCGGAAAGGAGCUGGAUUAGAGCGGACCGGAGCUGGAUUAGAGCGGACCGGAGCUGGAUUAGAGCGGAAAGGAGCUGGAUUAGAGCGGAACGGAGCUUGAUUAGAGCGGAAAGGAGCUGGAUUAGAGCGGAAAGGAGCUGGAUUAGAGCGGAAAGGAGCUGGAUUAGAGCGGAAAGGAGCUGGAUUAGAGCGGAACGGAGCUGGAUUAGAGCGGAAAGGAGCUGGAUUAGAGCGGACCGGAGCUGGAUUAGAGCGGAAAGGAGCUGGAUUAGAGCGGAAAGGAGCUGGAUUAGAGCGGACCGGAGCUGGAUUAGAGCGGAAAGGAGCUGGAUUAGAGCGGACCGGAGCUGGAUUAGAGCGGAAAGGAGCUGGAUUAGAGCGGACCGGAGCUGGAUUAGAGCGGAAAGGAGCUGGAUUAGAGCGGAACGGAGCUGGAUUAGAGCGGAAAGGAGCUGGAUUAGAGGGGAAAGGAGCUGGAUUAGAGCGGAUUAACCUGAGCUGGUGUUAAUUCGCAUUGUGGCGGUUCAUUGAGGCGUUUGCGUCGGACCAAAGCAGUGCUAUUAUUGAAUAAUAAAUAAUAUUGAUAAUGAAGUAAUCUUGGAUCAGGUUGCUGUUUGUCCUGGUUCUGAGAGUCCGAGGCUCCCAGCGGCCGGCCGUGCUUCAGAUGGACGUCUGGCUCCGCCGGCGCUGCCUGAAGGAGCCUGAACUGUCGGUAC